AUGCCGCUACUGGCCUUAGGCAGCCGAAGCCCUCAAGCUGUUGGAGAAUUCCAUUCCCUCGUUAGUCUACUUAGAUUAUCCGAAGAUAACCCAAGCGUUUCUCGGGGGACUGCAAGAAAGACAUUGGCAUUCUUUCAUUUUCAUUUCUUACUCUCGCGUCGUUCGUUAUCGAUAUUUCGCAUCUCCCUGCUUCUUCUUUACAUCAGCUUCUAUCCUGGAGGCCACCAAUACGUCUAUGAAAUCAACAUAGAUCGUGCCAUGAAAUCAUAUCCAUCCCGUCCUGCACAGAAACACGUCCAAGACGACUUUCAAAAGACAGGACCAAGAGCAGUGCCAUGUGGAAAUCCCCUCUACAAGAUCUUCUCGACUUCGUAA